AUGUCGAGCUCCUCCGUCAUUCGUUAUAUUGACAAUGAAGGAAAGCGACAUCGUCAGGGCCAUUUGAUGUCGUUACUUCCCACAACCAAGAUAAGAGAAGGAGAAAGAGUCCUUGACGAGACAAGACUCUUCUAUGACUUGAGUGCCUUCUUGGCGUACAAGCACUUCCAAGACAGAAGCAGUCAAGUGCUCCAGGACCUUUCCGAACGAUUGGCUUCCUGCCAUUUCCAGUGGACAUUCCUAGGUAUCAUGACCCAGUUUUCUCCAAUAGAAGCAGUCAGGGGGCUGACGACAUACCUUGACAGGGUCAGAGCAUCCAAGACAGCCAAUGCGACAAACAGUACUUUGACCAACACUGAUGAUCUGGCUGUGCUUUCUCCAAAGACCACACGCACCAGUGCAUCGCAAACAACAGAACUUCCUCUUCAGAAACCAUUUGCCCUUUUGGGUGCAGCAAGAUCCCAAGCAUCUCACUCACUCAGUGUGCUUGCUGGAACAAUGGAGUUGCCCCAAAUCAGCUCUUCUUCUACUUCAGCUGUUCUGGAUGAUGCCCCUUUCUUUGCACGGACAAUUCACCCUAGCGAGCACAUGAGCAAAGUAUUAAUGGUGUAUCUGAAAUCACUGGGGGUUACUCAUGCGGGCCUCCUUUUUUUCAGAAGAUCCUAUCAGAAAAAUCUUGACUUUUAUGCCAAGCAAUUUGACAUCUACCUACACCAUUUUGUCUACAAUGAACUGGAUGACUUUGAUGAAAGGGUACAAGAGUUGAAAGAUUCACAAAUGUGGUAUUUCAUUGGGGCCCUGAAGCCAGGGUAUUGGCAAAGUGCUGUUCGCAAUUUGUACUGGCAGGGGUUGAUGGGGAAGAAAACUGAGGACAGCAUCCACUACCAGUGGUUCUUUACUGGAAUGCUGGACCUUGUUUCUGAGGGGUUUGUUUUAGAUGCUAGGGAAGACUGGGACCUAGCUCAUGCCCUUCAUGGAGCUGGAGUCGUAGGGCAGAAAGUCACCCCCAAUGCAGACUUUGACAAUGCUCUAGCUUCCAUAAAAGACGACAAAGCAUUCCAACAGGAAUUCAUCAAAAGCCACUCAGAACCCCACCUAUUCGACAAUAUCACCUUUGACACCCCUGGCUGGUCCAAGAUACAGUUUUUGACUUAUGACGCUGUCAUUGCUCUUGGUAUCACAGCCUGCGAGACUCCUGGUUUGUUCACUGGAAUUAAAUUCUAUGACAACUUGCUGAAGAUUGACUUUGAGGGUGUGUCAUGUAGAGUUCAGCUAGACAGCAAAACAGGGAACCGCCGUGAGGAGGGUGUUGAGUUUGAGAUUAUCAAUGUAGCUAUCUCAGAUCAAACAAGUGCUCACCAGGACAAUGGAUCGAUUUCAUUCACUCAAAAUGCCACUGCUUUGAUCACAUUUCAACCAGAGACACACCAAGGCAAUGUAGAAUUGCUACAGCCUUUCCUCUACAAUGACAACACAACAAAACCACCAACCCAUGUUGCCCAACUGA